CCUCCACCUCCUUCAUCAUCUGCUUAUGCUAUCCGUACACCUCUUCAGCCACUGUUGAAGGUCACUCUACAUGCUUCCCCAUUCAGCGCUGAAGCCCGCUCCCCAAGCCACUUCACCUUUGUCACUUUCCACUAAAGAAAGUGAGUGAAUGGACUGCCAUACUUUAUAGUGCUGCGUCAAAAGAGGCGGAGUAGAGGAGAAAAUUAAAUUUUUUGGGACCGGCAUCAGGGGGUGGGGACAUGACGUGCUUGAGGGAGGAGGCUACCCAUUGGCCGAGCGAGGUGUCAGUCCUGCGUGCUGCUGCAGACGGACAGGCCACUCGAUGAAUAUGGAUGAGAGCAGUGAAAAGGGUGAUGCGGCAGGGAAGACCCCCCCCCCCUUCAAACCGAUGCAGGCUUGAACAAUGCGUGCCGUCUUUCACUGAAAACACUGAGAGCCUGCAUUAGCAUUUUCUCAGACAAUUGAGGCUCUGGCCAGCUGCAGGCAUGGCUCGGAUGCUGCGGUGAAAUCUCUUUUUCUGCACCCACUGAUGAAUUAGACCUCGGUGGAAAAAGUCGACCGGCCGCAUUCCUCAACACUACCAUUGCACCUAUGCCGAGGCUAACGUUCAGAUCCCCUUUAGAGAUUUUGCCCCGGCAUUGAUGGCGAUCUGACAGAGGACUUGAGAAGCAGCAGAUCUCAGAAUGGAGGAGGGUGAGUACUUCCUGAAGGUGCUGAUCCCCAGCUAUGCAGCCGGCUCUAUAAUUGGCAAGGGCGGCCAGACCAUCGUACAAUUGCAGAAAGAGACGGGUGCCACCAUUAAGCUGUCCAAAUCCAAAGACUUCUACCCAGGAACAACAGAGCGCGUCUGUCUGAUACAGGGUACAGUUGAAGCCCUCAAUGGUGUCCACAACUUCAUUGCGGAGAAAGUCCGCGAGAUGCCCCAGAGCGCCCAGAAACCUGAACCAGUCAGCAUACUGCAGCCACAGACCACCGUCAACCCCGACCGCGUCAAACAGGCCAAAUUGAUCGUGCCCAAUAGCACAGCUGGGCUGAUCAUUGGCAAGGGCGGAGCCACAGUGAAAGCAGUGAUGGAGCAGUCAGGGGCUUGGGUGCAGCUCUCCCAGAAGCCAGAGGGCAUCAACCUCCAGGAGCGGGUGGUAACCAUCAGUGGGGAACCCGAACAGAACCGCAAGGCUGUGGAAAUCAUAGUACAGAAGAUCCAGGAGGACCCUCAGAGCAGCAGCUGCCUCAACAUCAGCUAUUCCAACGUCUCGGGCCCCGUGGCCAACUCCAAUCCCACUGGCUCCCCCUACGCUAAUACGGCCGAGGUGCUGCCCAACGCAGCCGCGGCAGCUGCCACUGCCUCCAGCCUCCUGGGCCAGGCCGGCUUGACAGGAAUGGGCGCCUUCCCCGCUACCAUGUCCACCUUCUCUGGCAACGAUCUGCUGGCCAUCACCUCAGCCCUCAACACGCUGGCCAGCUACGGCUACAACACUAACACCCUAGGUCUGGGCCUCAACCCUGCCGCUGCUUCCGGGGUCCUUGCUGCAGUGGCAGCUAGCGCUAACCCGGCCGCUGCGGCUGCAGCUAACCUACUGGCCUCCUACGCUAGCGAUGCCUCCGGCGGCGCUGGCCACCCCGCUGCAGGCCUCGGGGGCUUCUCCCUGGGUUCUCUAGCAGCUGCUACAGGGGCAUCCAAUGGUUACCUAAAUGCUUCGUCCCCACUGAUGGCCUCCUCCCUAUUGGCAACAGAGAAGCUGGCUGAUGGGGCCAAGGACGUGGUUGAGAUUGCUGUGCCCGAGAAUCUGGUUGGCGCCAUUUUGGGGAAAGGAGGGAAAACGCUGGUAGAGUACCAGGAGCUAACGGGAGCCCGCAUCCAGAUCUCCAAAAAGGGAGAGUUCAUUCCUGGUACUCGGAACCGUAAAGUUACCAUAACAGGGUCACCGGCCGCCACGCAAGCAGCGCAGUAUCUGAUCAGCCAGAGGAUCACUUACGAGCAGGGCGUGCGCGCUACCAACCCACAAAAGGUGGGCUAAAAAGGAAAAAGAAGAGGAAAGAAGGAAAGGAUGAAGACAGAGAUAGAACGGAAUUGAGAGGGUCACAAUGAAUAGAAAAAAGAAACGUCCAAAUAUCUGUUCAAUAUUUCAGUCUCAAAUGAAAGAAUCACAAAGGAGGAGGUGGGGGAGACAUCCAAGAUAAGUGUGUGUGAUAUGUGAAUGUGUUUUUAGGACUGACGUCCUGAUGUUUUUUAAAAAGUUUGUGUCGAGUCCUUUUGACGAUGGUGAUCAGAGUAAGCUGAACUGGUCCACUGCCAAGCUGCAGAUUCAAGGGUGAGGCCGCAGGGUUUCACCCUCCUCCAAAACCUCAUAGCUGUUUCUUUUCUUUUGGGUUUGGGUUUUGUUGGUUUUGAUUUGGGUUGCAGACCUCAGCUCCCGGUGAGUUGAGCGGUUCAGAUGAAGUUCUAGCCAGCUGAUAGAGCUGUUUUACAAACCUUGCUCUUUGUAUACAAUGCAGAAGGCAUUGCUAACAGGGGAGAGGUUUUACGACUAGCGCCUGAGGUCAUCUCAGUGUAUGGGGAAGCAAUCUGAGUAUCAUAUCUUUAAAGAAAUCACAUCUAUGUUGACUUAUGUUGAAUUCUGGCUCGUAUCAUAAUUGAAGUUUCUAAAUUUGGGUAUUUUAUAUUUGUUAUCCUUUUUAUUUAUUGACAUGGUCUCAUUCAAACACAAAUAGAUUAUUUAAACCUGCGAAUGCAGGUUGAUCUGAAUGUAAAAACGAUAUUAGCCUAUCGCUAUUUUUUAUUUACAGGGAUCAAAUAUUGUGUUGCAGUGAAGAAAAAAAAAAAAAAGAUGUAUAACUCAACCCCAGUCUGAACUUCACUGUUGCUGUCUGCAAUUAUAGUUCAGGGGUUAAAUAAUCAAUGUGAGAGGAUAGAGGAGACACACAGGAAUGUAUGAAUAUAUUUCACACGAACACGCUUAGAUAACGCUCCCACAAACACUGGAACACAUUUGCAUAUUCAGUCACAGCUACAAACACACCGAAAUAUGUUGUUUAACCCGUUCUUGGUGCUAUAGGAUUAGGUUUCUAUCUCCUUUACCAUGAAUUCAAAAUCUCUCUGGCGACUAUUCUCUUGGAUUAAAAAAGCUGAUAUGUCGUCCAGCCAUUAGUAGCCCAUUGGAUCUGACCCAGCCUCUCACCUACUGAAAAAAGGAUUGAUUUCAGCCUUUCAUGUUAGAAAGCAAUCCAGUCUUAAUAUUUCAAGCCCAUCCGCGUUCCCAAUGCAGGUCUUUUUUUUUUUUUUUUUUUUUUUUUUUUUUUUUUCUUUUUCUUCACAAGAAAAUUGGCCAUUCUCUUGAUUUUCACCUGACAAAGUGUUUGCCUUAGUCACACAUUUGUAACUCCCAAGAAACAACUUAAAGCUCAGACUACCUUUUGAAGCAGUGUCUAACCAGUUCAGUCAGCAAAGGGAACAAAAGCACUACAAAAGCAUUUUUCGUAAGAAAAAGCUGUAUGAACCAAUAUCUGUGAACAAAGAAACGAUUGCCUUUACAUUAAGGGUACCAAAUAGUCAAGAGACACGCACCAAUGAAAAAGGGAAGUCGAACGACACUUGAAAAGAAGGUUUGGACUCACUUUUUUUUCUUUCUUCCGUGAGCCGUCCUUCCCAAUUUGCAUCAAGACAAAAAAAAAAAAAACGAUACUUCAGUUCAGGCAGCCUGUUAUCGUUCCAAAAACACGUUAACGCUCACUGACUGCGGGUGGAGCACGUAAUAAAAACACCGUGAAGUGUUGCGGCAUCGUUGUCUUUUAUGGGCAAUUGUUUGUCUAAUGCAGGGAGGCUAAUUGUCUAGAGCAUUUCCAAGCACUCGAAGAUUACCUUGGCUUCCUUCUGUGCUGCUAUCCAUGGUGUUCAUCCUGAGUACACUGGGUCUCUGAAGACUGCACUGUGAGACAUUAAGAACACAAUGUAAAGCAUGUCUGUCCCUGCCGGGAUGUGAGUAUAUUUUAAUGUGCACAUCUAUGUCACAUAAACCAGACCUAUACCAGUACUGACAGAAGGGAAAUAUUUCCACAAGAGCAUUUAUUCUCCAGCGUCUUGUGAUGUUUCUGUUUUACCAGUUCCAAUGCAUUGCACUUAAAUUAGCAGACGUUCUUUUAAUUUCAAUUUUUUUCAAUCAGCGAAACCACAAAUGAUUCCCUCCACACUUUUCCCUGCACUGUAUUUUCUCCAGUCCUAUUACGUCCC